AUGAUACAAUAUUCAAAGUGUGCAAAAAGAUGUUUCUCCACAUUGGGUUUAAAUGAGUUCAUGUUAAUAAAUUGGAUGAAACACUCUAAAGGCGGAAUGACACCAUCUACCACGGCAAGAAAUAGAGUACGACAAAAUGGAGUAACAACUAGGGAUUUAGCGACUACUGAUAAAAAAAAACAUUUAGAAGGUUACGUAAAUCAACUCCCAAAAUUGCCAUCACAUUAUUGCAGAAAAAACACAUUAAAAACGUACCUAGAGCCAACAUUCAAGAGCUCUAUGAGUGACAUUUAUAAGGAAUAUGCAAAGCAAUGUGCUGCUUUAAAUCCACCUCAGAAGCCUUUGAGUCGCUUUACUUUUGAUUUGGUUAUUAAGGAAAAAAAUAUUGCGUUCCAGCCUCCAAAGAAAGAUCGAUGUGAUUUAUGUAUCAGUUAUGAAACAGGUAACGCUAAAGAAGAAGAAUAUCAAAAACAUCAAGCGAAAAAGGAAAAAGCGCGUGCUGAAAAGUUGAAAGAUAAAAAUGACGCUAAAGAAGGAAUUUCUACUGUUCUCACAAUGGACUUGCAAGCUGUUAAAGUUACCCCGUCUUUAAACGCAUCCGCUUUAUAUUAUAACUAUGCAUUCACAAUUUCACAUUUUAUAAUAUAA